AUGGAGAGUCAUGGUGGGAACUCAGAACGAGGUGUACCUUGUGAAGAACUCAGGGACUAUACGUCGGAUAGGGCAGAGGAUGAAAAUGUGGGGAUAUUGAUAAAAGAAAAAGCUUAUGAGUCUGACCCGAAGAAUAAUACUACUAAACUAGAUGUUGCGAGAAUGUCUCGUUUGGCUUCGUACUUAGGGUUUCCUAGGUUUUGCUGUAAUGAAUCUUCGGGGAGGAAAUUUUGGAUUUUCUGGAAGGAUAUAUAUGAUUUUGGACUAGUGCACAUCUCAAACCAAGCGGUUUCGGGUUGGCUGAGUUUAGCUUCUUAUCGUAUUAUGGUGACCUUUGUCUAUGCAAAAUGCACUCAGCUAGAGCACAUAAGGCUAUGGGAGGAGCUCGAAAAUGUUCAGGUUAAUGAGUCUCCAUGGUUGGUGGUCGGUGACUUCAACACAAUUCGUUCGGACUCUGAACAGAUUGGGGCCAACCCAAGGUCAUUACUGGCAAUGUCAAAAUUUAAUGGCUAUGUGGAUACUUGUGGACUUAUGGAGAUGCGCUCUCAGGGCCGAAUUAUGUCGUGGUGUAAUGGUAAUGUGGGAUCUUCAAGAAGCUGGGCACGUCUAGAUAGAGCCUUAGUAAAUAUUAAUUUCUCUACUACUUUUGGGUCGGCUUUUAUGGAAUAUUUAACAAGGAAGUUGUUUGAUCAUUGCCCUAUGGUGGUGCAUCUGAGUUUGCCGAGAUCGUCGUAUGGGCCAUCUCCUUUUCAGUUUCAAAAUAUGUGGUGCUUGCAUGAGUCUUUUUUUAAAUUUGUAGAGGAUGUUUGGGUGCAACCAGAAUGUAGUCAUGGUCUAUUGAGGCUGGCAGCUAAACUGAAGAAGCUUAAAGUUGCAUUGAAAACAUGGAAUAAAAAUAUUUUUGACAGGGUUGAUCUAACUAUCAAGGCACAGAAGGAAAAAAUGGAGUUUCUGGAUUUUCAGCUACAAGAAGCAAGGGAGCCAAAAGUGGAAGCAGAAUUCCUAUUGACUAAGAUGGAAUUAGCUGAGCGGGAGGCUAGGGAAGAAAGUAGAUGGGCAAAAAAAGCAAAGCACAAAUGGCUUCAAGAAGGGGAGCAAAAUUCCAGGUUUUUUCAUGCCUCUGUUAACCAAAGAUGGAAGGCCUCUGUUGUAUCGUCCAUGCAUCUUGCAGAUGGGACAACAUUAGCAACACCGGAGGAGAUUCAUUAG